AUGUCCGACUACGAGGACGAGAUGGACGUCGACGUCCCCCCGUCCAAGGACAUCACCUUCUCUUCCGAUAACACGGCCAAGGGCAAGCGCAGCGCCGCCAACCUGCCCGUCGAAGCAGAGGACACCCUGCCCUGGGUUGAAAAGUACCGCCCCGUCUCCCUGGCAGAUGUCUCCGGCCACCACGACAUACUCGCCACCAUCAACAAGUUUGUCGACUCGAACCGCCUGCCCCAUCUCCUCCUAUAUGGCCCCCCCGGCACCGGCAAGACGUCCACCAUCCUCGCCCUCGCCCGGCGGAUAUACGGCGCCGAGAACAUGCGGCAGAUGGUCCUCGAGCUCAACGCCUCCGACGACCGCGGCAUCGACGUCGUGCGCGAGCAGAUCAAGACCUUUGCCUCGACGAAACAGAUCUUCACCAUGGGCGGCGGGCCGUCUCGCGCGGGCGGCGGCGGCGGCGUGGCCGGUUUCAAGCUCAUCAUCCUGGACGAGGCCGACGCGAUGACCAACACGGCGCAGAUGGCCCUGCGCCGCAUCAUGGAAAAGUACACGGCCAACACGCGCUUCUGCGUCAUUGCAAACUACACGCACAAGCUCUCCCCCGCGCUGCUCUCGCGCUGCACGCGCUUCCGCUUCAGCCCGCUCAAGGAGGCCGACAUCCGCGUCAUCGUGGAGAAGGUGAUUGUCGAGGAGAACGUCAAGAUCGCGGCCGACGCGACCGACUCCCUCGUCAAGCUGAGCAAGGGCGACAUGCGCCGCGCGCUCAACGUCCUCCAGGCGUGCCACGCGUCCAGCGCGCCCCUGCAGGUCCGCGGCGAGCCCAAGGUCCCCGAGAAGGAUGUCGUGCGCGACACCAUCACCGAGGAGACCAUCUACAACUGCAUCGCGGCCCCGCCGCCCGAGGCCAUCGUCAAGAUUGUCGACACGCUCCUGACCACCAGCGACGUCACGUCGUGCUUGUCCACAAUCAACACGCUCAAGGUGCAGAACGGCCUGGCGCUGGCGGACAUCAUCACCGCGCUGUCGGAGCAGCUCGUCACGAUGGAGGUGAAACCCGAGGCCAUGAUACGGUGGCUGGAUGGCCUGGCGGAGAUUGAGUACAGGGUGUCGGGUGGCGCCAGUGAGGCCAUUCAGACAGGUGCCGUGGUGGGUGUCGUGCGGGAGGGCUGCGAGCUGAUGGGCUGA